AUGGAUAACCAUGGCCGCAACAUCAUCACCUGCGGUAUCCAGAUCUGCGGCCACGGCGACACCAACCGCUGCGCCAUCGACGCCAACGUGAGUGCCCACGUCGGCACCAACACCGAGGAUGGGGAGGAGGAAGGGGGGACUUCUGUGGAGGACUCCAGGCGGCAGGGCCCAGGGAAGCCGACGACGAGCCAGGCGGAUUUCCAGGACCGCCCCAGCGACCAGCAGUUCGCCAAGCCAGGCUGGGAUGAUCCAAUCAAGAGGCCUACGUUCCAUCGGUCCAGCUGCCGAGGCCAAAGGUCAACGCCUACGCGCCGCGCCCGCCCCUCGUGCCUCUGUCUCUGCGGUGGCGGGCCGACCCGCGUGCCCGAGGCGUCCAGCCGCAGUGCGAGGGGCAGGGCCCGUGGCUCCUGCUCGCGUGGCGCGAGGCCCUGCCCUCGGCGACGGCCAGCGGCUGAGAGAGUACCGCUGCAUUAGCUGUCGCCGGCGAGCCUGCCGACAGCAGGAUCGGAGCAUCGAGGAGAGAAAGAGAGGACGAGGCGCGGAGGAGGAGGAGACGGACGAGGAGAAGGGGGAGCCGCUGGGGCGCCCGUUCGGCGGGCGGGCCGGGCGCCCGCGGGCGCCCGCUCAUAUGCCGGCGCCCGCCCCGCUGGAGUGCGACUGGCCGAUCUGGAGGUCGGAGCUGUACUGCACCAUCGGCGGCGGCCUGCUUCUGGCUCGUGCCCGGCAGGCUGGGGCCGAGCCGCUUGACGGAGGCGGCCGCCUCUCGCUCCUGCUUCUCCCGCUCCU